UCCAAGACUAGAACUCGCCUCACCCAGCAGCAGAAGCUGCGUCUGAUCAAGAAGGCUGAGAGCUCCCCCGCUGUCAAGUAUGAAGACCUGGCCCUUUGGGCCAAAGUCGAGUUCGGUCUGCUAAGGCCCCCUGGGAAAACCACCAUCGACCGCAUCAUCUCGGGGCGUAUCGCGCUGUUGCGCCAGCCUCACGAAAGUGCUCAGCGCAAGAACAAGCCGUCUCCGUUCCAGCUACAGAUCGAUCAAAACAUCGUC